UGACUUUCUUCUCUAUCAUGCCCUAAAAAAUCAACAAAGAAAAGUACUCUUCUCAAAGUCCCUACUAAAACUUGUAAGUUGUAAUUGAGAAUUGAGAUGUUUCUCACUCUCCUCCAACUGACAACUUCACAUGCAGAUACAGGUACAUAUUGGACCCCACCUAAAUAAUCAUCUCACAUGGAAGUGAGAUGAGAUGACAUUCACCUUCAUCCUUCAUCAUCUCUUCUCAAUUCUCAUCCUUCCAUUCAUUUCUCUUUCACUUUAUCUUCACAGAUUCCUUCUUUUCAGAUAAAACCAUGCAUUACUUUUCAUUAAUUUCCUUUAAUCUUUAAUAUUCUAGGUUUUCCAUUUUCCAAAUUUCAUUUUUUUAAUCAUACCCAAUCACCUGCUCUGACUACAUGGGUAGAAAGAGAUUAGAUUAGUCUGUAUUCCAUAUUCCCUGAUUUAACAAUUCCCAUCUUCAAUUCUGUCAUUUCAGUACCACUUUCCUUCCUCUCUUCUCUGUCUCUGGGUUGUCAUUAUUUUUUCUUUGUGUUUUAAUCAACCAAACCCCAAACAUUUCUUCUUGGAUCUGCAAAUAUUCUCCUUUAAGUUGCUUUUUUUUCUAGGAAAAAUUUGUUCUUGUGUAUAGGAUCUUAAUGCUUCUCUACUUACUGCGUUGACACAUUAUUGGGAGUUUUUCUGGAAACCCAUUUAAGUUUAUUGAUUUUGCUAAUCUGGGUUUCUUCAAUUUUCCUGUAAUUUUAAUAUUUAGGGUUGAUAAAUUGCCCAGAAACUGAAUCUUGAUUUCUGGGUACUUAGUAAAUGAACCUGCAUUUAGUUGAUUUUCACAAUUUGGUUGGUGGGUGAAGUACUACUGGUCCUACUAUAUUCCAAUUUGUUUGUUUUUGAAGUGAUAGCAAAGAUAACAACUCAAAUUGUGCUGAUUUUCCAUUCAGGGUAUUCCUUUAUAUGCAAGCAAUUCUCUGGUUUGGAUGGUGUUAUAUGUUGCAGUAAUUGAACAAAUAAUAAAGGGAUUUUUGCCAGAGUUUUAAUACAAAGUAUAUGGUUGGUGGGUGAAAAUUUAGGGUAUGUAUUUUACUGAAAAAAAAUCUCUUUUAAGUGUGUCUCAGAAGAAUCUGGGUGUGUCUCAGAAGAAUCUGGGUUUGGUUACAUAUUCCCCACUUAGAUUCUGACAUUGCAGUACUGAGAUUGGGCAAGUUGGAUUUGGAUUUUACUGAACUUUGAGCAAAAUUGCUUAAACAUUACCUUUAAAAAGAGGGAAAAGUAUAUCCGAGGUUGAGGGUGUUUGUAUUCUAUUUGGUUGAUAAUAAUCAAAGGGUUUUUUUUUUAAUCAUUUUGGGUGUGAUGGCUGCAAAACUGUUGCAUUCAUUAGCAGAUGAUAAUCCAGAUUUGCAGAAGCAAAUUGGAUGUAUGACUGGUAUUUUUCAAAUCUUUGAACGCCAACACCUCAUUUCUGGGAGGCGCCCUAACCAAAGAAGGCUACUUCCUCCUCCCUCAGGUAGUUCCAAGUUUAGCAACGGAGUCCUGGACGCGGAAUCCAGUAGUGCAUACAAUCGUGAAACUCUGGAAAAGAAUCCAAACAAAAAUGCAAAUGAAAAACGAGCGUCCACAGAAUCAUCAAGAGCCUCGUUUUCCUCCUCUUCACGUUCAUCAUCAUUUUCUUCCCUUGAUUGUGUCAGAACAGGACAACCAGAGCCAUCUUCAAUGGAUCGAAUUAUUUUUCCCGAGACUCCUUCAAGGGAUCCCGUCAUAAGCCAGACCAGUGCUAGUCCCAAGAUGGGAAGACUCUCGGUUGAUAUUCGGGAUGUAGUCAAGGAUUCAAUGUACAGAGAUUCUCGAGGUCUAUCAGUCCAGACGGCUGUUAAAGAGGAUGGGUCAAGCCACACUUUAAAACAUUACGACUCCCCAAGACCUCUGCAGCUGUCCAAAUCUGUGGAUGGCGCAUUAGGCGUUGGGAAAGGUGAUAACAUGGCAGCUGACAUCAAGGAGUCCAUGAGAGUUCUUGCAAAACUUCGUGAUGCACAGUGUAACUAUAAUGAAAAAGAAGUCCCAACAAUAUCAAACGAGUCAAAGGAAGAAUCUUUCUUUUCGAGACCAAAGGAUGCACCAAGAUUCUCUUAUGACGGAAGAGAAAUAAAUCGCAAGAUUAAAGAUCUUCCGAGGCUUUCUUUAGACAGUAGAGAAAGCUCUGCGAGGGGAUACUUUAUCGACCCAAAAUUAAGCAGCAAUAGUUCUAAUGAAAGAGUUACUUGUGCACAGCAGCCGCUAACUAACCAGUCACGGCACUCUAUUGUUGUGGCCAAACUCAUGGGUCUUGAUUCGUUGCCUGCUAGUAAGCGAUCUAAUGAAAGUCAGCUUGGGCACAUAAAAAUAUUCUCCGAAGAGAGGCGUCCCUCGUUAGCACCCUUGAGAGUCCCUGAUGCAUGCAGGCCAGUCCGACUUCCUAAAUCGCCUAGGAGUACUAGAAAGGAGUCGACUUCUCCAAGAUGGAAGAAUGCUGAUGCAGUCAUGAAACCGGUUUCUACUUCGAAAAUCUAUAUCGAACCUGCACCGUGGAAGCAUCUAGACUCUGGUCGAGCUUCUCCGAAGCAUGCUUCAAAACCAAUGAAGUCCACACCGAGUACAUCGAGCACUUCCCCUUCUGUUUAUGGUGAAAUUGAGAAGAGAUUAAAAGAUAUCGAGUUCAAACAAUCGGGAAAGGACCUUAGAGCUCUAAAGCAGAUACUUGAAGCAAUGCAAGCAAAGGGCCUUUUGGAGGCUACAAAAGAUGAACAAUCUUUGGAUGUAAGAAAUAAGAGAGACCAUGAUGGUUCCGAGAUGCGGGCUGGAACGACAAGCUCCAACGACUUUCAUACUGGUAGAGCUAUUAAUUCUAAACAAAAGGGAAGUGUUGCACCCCAAGCAUUUGAAUCUCCGAUUGUUAUUAUGAAGCCUGCUAAACUUGUUCAGAAGUGCGGUAUUCCUGCUUCGUCCAUCAUUCCUAUCGAGGGAUUGCCUGCUCUUCAAAGACCCCAUAGUAAUGAAGGUGCAUCUCACCGAAAGAAUUCUGUUGGCACGAAAACACUAAAGGGUCAGACCAUUAAAGAUGGUCGCAGAGAUCAGGUUGCGACUUCUGAUAAGAAACAUAAUAAUAGAAGUUUGAGAGCGACUUCAACUUCCUCAAGGUCUUCACAGCUAGUCAAGGAUAACCCCACAAAUUCAACAAAAAAUCCCGGUUCCAUAAGCCCAAGAUUGCAACAGAAGAAACUCGAGUUUGACAAGAGAUCUCGUCCACCAACACCUCCUGCUGAUUCAAACAAGUCAAGAAGACAACCUAAGCUGUCAACUGAAGCUGGUUCUCCUGGCGGAAGGCGCCGAUCAACUAAGACCAGUGCUUUGCAACAGCAUGAUGACCCAUCAAGCGGUAAAUGUGACGAUUCCAGAAAUUUGGGCUGCCAAGAAGACUAUGUAUCGCAUUCUGACGUGAAUAUGAGUUUGGAGUCGAGGAAAUGUACAGAGGGCUUGCGGCAGCCUGCAGAAGUGGGCAUCUCACAUAUCCCAUCCGGGAAUAAGCAUUGGGUUUCCAAAGAGGACGAUGUGAGCUUGAGGUUGAGCGAAGAGCAUAUGGUGGGUGAUCUUGCUAUCGCUCCUGAACAACCAAGUCCCGUUUCUGUGCUCGACUCUUCUGCAUACAUGGAGGGCUCUCCAUCUCCCGUUGAACAAUCUUCACAUACUCUUGAAGUUGCUAAAUCAGAUGAAACCGAGGAAGACAUGUGGGAUUCUGUAGAAGCUAAUUCUACCGAGGAAAAGGUUUUGGAGUUUCCUUCUGAGAUCAGUCGAAAGAAAUUGCAGAGUAUUGAUAACUUGGUUCAGAAGCUCAGACGAUUGAAUUCGACUCAUGAUGAAGCCCAGACAGACUACAUUGCCUCGCUGUGCGAGAACACGAAUCCAGAUCACCGAUACAUAUCUGAGAUACUGUUGGCUUCAGGCCUCCUGCUCAGAGAGCUUAGUACCGGCUUGACAGCCUUCCAACUUCACCCAUCCGGCCAUCCCAUCAACCCCGAACUUUUUUUCGUGCUAGAACAAACGAAGGCAAGUAGUUUGCUUGCCAAAGGGGAGAAUGACGAGACUUCCCUUAGCAAGUCCAAGCCGGAAAAGUUUCACCGCAAGCUCAUAUUUGAUGCCGUAAAUGAAAUCCUUGCAGAAAAGUUAGCCUUGGUGGGUCCACCUCCCGAGCCCUGGUUGAAGCCCGUGAAACUUGCUAAGAAGACCCUUAAUGCUCAGAAGCUUCUCCGAGAGUUGUGCUCCGAGAUUGAACUGCUUCAAGAAAAAAAGCACGAUUUAUGCUCAGAAGAAGAGGACGAUGGACUGAAAAACAUCUUGUGGGAGGAUGUAAUGCGCAGAUCGGAUAGUUGGACAGAUUUCCGAACUGAAAUUUCUAGCACUGUCCUUGAUGUCGAGCGAUCCAUCUUUAAAGAUUUAGUGAACGAGAUCAUCAUUGGCGAGGCUGCUGGCCUUCGACGCAAGCCUAACAGCCGUUGCAGGCAGCUUUUUUCUAAGUAACAUUCCCCCCUUUUAAUGAUUGAUAAUUAUUUUUCUCUUAUUCUGUAUUAAGGCAGAAAAUAAGAUUGCCACAGAUAGGAACUAAAAAUACUUGUUUUCAUUAACAUGUCAAGUUCUGCAGAAGAUUGUAUAGAGUAUCAUAUUGCAAGUCUUUAAUCCAUCUUUUGCGUCUGUAAAGACCAUUAAGGUUUUGAUCCUCUAUAUUAUAUAUUACCUUAUACUAGCUUAAAUUAUUUUUUUUUACAUAUUAUCCGUUCAUAUAAAUGGAGGUCCCAAUGUUGUAGAA